GAUCAUCCGUUCGCAAUUUCAUACGGGAAUUUCUCAAUUUUCGCAGUGGCGCAUGAAGUAGAAGGGAACGAGGGUAUCUUGCGAAAUAAAUUAUUCUAAAUCUUUGUCAUUGUAAUAUAAUAUUGUAAAUAUACUCGAAUAAGAAUAUUAUUAAAAUCGACGAUUGAAGAUGAGCGACGCACCGCAAGCCAUCGCUGAGGAUCUAACAUCUUCAAGCGCGGUCGAGCAUCACGUUAUGGAUAUCCUGAAUCCUACGUUGCAUCACCACGACUUGCUACAGAGCUACGUGCGAACUCGUGUAGAAACUGGCGAUUCGAAACAGGACUUCGAGGAGUUUGAAGAACCGAGCAAAGAAGCGCAUUUGAGUAAAUAUCCAACGGCAGCAAGUGGUGGCUACACCAGCAAUGCUCGUUAUACUCAAAAGGACAAAGGGAAGAAGAGCAACGACAGGAAGGGUAAAGAUAAUAAAUCACCCGAUAGCACUAUCGAGUCGGAGAUGAGGAUACAGAAGUCGAGAAGAAAAUGACGCCAACACGACGGCGAAGUUCGUCGGCAGGAAGAAGUCUAUACCGACAAA